GUUGAUUCCUACUGAAGCCGAACUGAAAGAGGUCUAUUGGAAAGAAUUAACAUCGAUUGUGGAAGAAUAUGAGAAGGCUUCACACCAUUCCGAAGGAGACGUGGCUGAGCAUGAUGUCGAGCCACAUCAUACAUACCCCAAAGAGUCUUCUAGAGCAACUCAACCACCACAGCCUGGUUUUGAGAUGAACAUAGCGGAUUUAUUGAGAACUGAAAUGAAAAAAACUUGAGGAAAGCCUACAAGCAAUCAUAUCGACUCGAAUUGAUCGGGUGGAGAAAAUGUUGACAGGUUAGUUGAAUUGGCUGUGGCAGGUCGGUUCCAUCCAGUGACUAGUGCAUUUGAUGGUGCCACUAGUAGCACAGCCUAUGUACCUGAAAAUGAACCGAAGGAUAGGUUGGAAAAAGAGGUUGGGUUUGAUGAUGUGACAGAUAUGCCUACUGCUGAAAGAAAGGUAGAUUUGUCUGAAGAUGAUCCAAAGUUAGAUGAGGAGGUUAGAGGAAAAAAUGUAGGAGGGAAUGAGUUGGAAACUGAGCUUGGAUUUGAUGAUGUGAGAGAUGUGUCUGCUGCUAAAACAAAUGUAGAAGCGCGUGAGGAGGAUCCAAAGUUAGAGGAGGAAUGUAGAGGCAAAAAUGUAGGAGGGAGGGACUUGGAAAAGGAAGCUGGAUCUGUGAAUGAUAUAGAUGAGCAAGAAAAUGAAAAAAUGGUCAAGAAAAGUGUUGGAAAAGAAAUAAUAUUAGAGGAGGAGCAUCCCGAUGUAGAGAAAGAGAUUGCUGAUUUUGUGACGCCUGAAAAGCAUGGUGUGGAUACAAAUAAAUCCAAGCAAGGUGACAUUGUAGAAAUCGAUGAGGCGAGAUGCGAUCUAUCGAAAGGACGAGGGUAUCAUCGGAAGAGAAAAGUGCGCAUAUUUUGUUUUCCAUACACGAACCCGACGAAGAGGAGAAAGUUGUCGGACAUCAAUAUAUACGAUCCUUAUCGAGAAUUAGAUCCCGUCAAAGGUUGAGGUUUUUUACAAAUGGAUGGAAACUACAUCUUCGUGGUAAAGUAUUACACAUAGUUGCAAGUACAUGUGAAAGUAAUGACAAUAUUACCUAAAUAUAAUUUCGUGUUGAUUUUGUUGUAUGCACAUCCAAAUUAUACCUUUGCGCUUUUAUGAUGUUCAAACAAAAAGUUUGAUGAA